CGCAAAGUCGGCCCAAUAGUCGACAAAAGGCUGAUAAACCCUAAUUCAUUUCUCCUCCUGUAUAUUAGCACUCAGCCGCCGCGAGCUUUAACCUUCUUGGUCGUCUUCUGUUAUCUCUCAUUUUCCAACAGAACCCAUCACCCCGUUCCCUCUCAACUCCCGCAGGAGAUAAUCGACAAUGAGUCGAGGAACUGCAGCAGCAGGUCCCAAGGGGAAAAAGAAGGGUGUGACUUUUACCAUUGACUGUGGAAAGCCUGUGGAGGACAAGAUCAUGGACAUUGCAUCCCUUGAGAAGUUUCUUCAGGAGAGGAUCAAGGUCGGAGGCAAGGCUGGUGCACUUGGCGAUGCUGUCAGUGUGACCCGUGAGAAGAGCAAGAUCACUGUCAGCUCUGACAGUAACUUCUCAAAGAGGUAUCUGAAGUACUUGACAAAGAAAUAUCUAAAGAAGCACAACGUGCGAGAUUGGCUACGAGUGAUUGCUUCCAACAAGGAUAGAAACGUCUACGAACUGAGGUACUUCAACAUUGCCGAGAACGAAGGGGAGGAGGAAGAUUAAGAUGCCGGGUCAUCCAAGAACCUUGUUCGCUUAUUCCGUUUUACGCGUGGUACUGUUAAAAUUAAUGCUGUUUUGAAAUUUUGUUUUUCUUUCUAAUGAGAUAUUUGCUAUCAGUGGAUGAGAAUACAGAUGUGGAUUGUAGGAAGUUGAACUAGUUAUGUUUUAACGAAUUCACCGGGUGAUAUUCUCAAAGUUUUCAGCACUGCUAUUUCUUC